CGUAUUGGCACACCUCAUUACAUGAGCCCGGAAAUGGUGCGACACGAACCCUAUGGUAAGCCCGUGGAUGCCUGGAGCUGUGGCGUUCUUCUCUGUGUCCUUCUUAGUGGUACCCUUCCAUUCUAUGGAACCCGAGAAACCCUAUACACACAAAUUCUCAACGGACAAUAUAGAGUAUGA